AUGCCCAUUGCUGUAUCACCAGAGCGUGAUGGCGCCUCUGCAGUGGCCAAGGGGACCAAGAGUCCUCGUGGGCUUAGCAUGGAAGACUUUCCGGCGUUGAUUGAUAGCUCCGCUCUUGACCUCGCAUCGAGAAUCCUGGGAAUUAUCGACAGAUACCGCUUGCAGAGGUCAAAUAACAAUCCAGAGAAAGCAGAUGAGGGUGCUUUAAGAUUCUUGGCCGUCAUAUACUCCCACGUCAGAUCUGGCCAAGAGAUCCCGAUGUGUCUUCCUGCAUUUCCAUUCAAAUCGCCAAAUAAAUCAUCCAAAGUGCUUGGAAAUCUGCCAGACAGGGCCGAAGAACUGGCCCUAGCUCACCUCAAUGGUCUCUGCGAGGCUGUGAGGGACAUAUACCCCCCUGGAGCGCGGUUGACCAUCAUUUCAGAUGGGCUAGUGUAUAAUGACCUACUUGGAGUCCCCGACAAAGAUGUCUGGGCAUACGGCGAGACGCUCCGUCGCUUGGCCAAGGAGAGGGGCUUUGAGCAGAUUGAAUUCUCACGACUGCGAGACCUCGUGUCCAUCUCUCUUCCAGAGCAGCUGGAUGAAAUGACUUAUGUCGCCAACGCUUCAAAUUUUCGGCGAGCCCUCCUCAACACUUUUGGAAACCCAAAUUGGGAGUGGAAGGAAGUCAGCCAGAGUGAAGAUGUGUGCCUUACAUACAGAGGCUACAUAAAGUUCUUGGAGACUGAUCUUGCAGACGUUUACCCGCUUGAGGAUGGUCGCACGAAAUCCAAAUAUAAACGUGGAAUCGAAUAUAUUGCGAAGCAAAUGAUGUGCCGGGGAGAUGCGUUUGCAAGUGCAGUCCGACAAAAGUACAAAGACCAUGUGCGCUUGUCGAUUCAUCCGUCCACAGGUGCCGCCAAGUUGUCGAUAAGUCUGCUUCCCACUUCCACCAUGUUCACGACACCAUGGCACUGUACCAUUGGCUAUAAGCUUGACGGUACAAUUGUCUCUGGUAUGCGAUCCGAAUUCGAUAAUGAUGACUCAUUCGAGCUCAUUUAUGAGAACGGACUGCCAAGUUACUAUCGCGAAAAAUCCGAUCUCUUCUCUUGGGAUUCCGCAAACGGGCCGGUGACUUUCGAGCCGAUAUACCCAAGUGGUUGGAUGUUGAAGCCCACAAACGGGCCAGGGACCCUGACUAUCAGUGAUAUUGACGCAAAGAAGAUUCGAUCAUUGGCAGAAAUCAAUUCUCCGGUUGUCAUGCGUGGCUUUUUCAAGACACCUAAGCAAGACGUUUUCGUAGAGAAAGCCAAGCAGUUCGGCGAACCUCUACCAUGGAAAUUUGGUCUUGUUCUCGAGGUUAAAGACCAGGGGUCGGAUACUCGCGGCUUGAAUAACGUCCUUUCAGCUGAAUGGAUGCCAUUUCAUUAUGACGGGCUGUUUAAAACGGUCACACAGCUCAAUAAUGAGGGCGAAGAAGUACGCGUUUCCGUCCCUCCACACUUCCAAUUUUUCGCCGGUGCUACUUCUUCUCCAAAAGACACUGGUUUCACGUUGUUCUCGUCGUCAACCAUGCUGUUCAAGUACCUUCCGAAAUGGUUGACUUUAGAGGACCUUGCCAAGAAAACGUGGACGGUGUCAACCUCUUCUUUCGAUUCAACUGUGCUGAAGGGAAUUCCAUUGAUCGCCUCCCACCCCACCACCGGCAAACCAUGCCUUCGAUAUCACGAGCCGUGGCCGCAGUCCAAAACAAAGUUCGAGGCCACUCUAGUCAGCAUUGAUGACCAUGAUGAAGCCAGCAGUCGAGAAAUUUGCGAAUCCAUUGACGCCACUCUUCACGAUAGGCGGGUUGCAUACUACCACACUUGGGAGAAGGGAGACCUCGUUGUCAGCGACAACAUCUUGAUGAUGCACACGCGAAGUGACUUUAUCUCUGGAAGCGAUCGGGAGCUCUGGAGAAUUCAUUUUGAUUGA